GGGCGUGGCACGGCGCGCGGCGACCCGGGAGGCGUGGCCUCCGCGGCUGCGGCUCGUAGUCGCUUCUCCCCUCCCCCCCUCCGGCACUUGUGAGUGACAGGCGGGUGCUGAGGAGCUGAGAGGACGAAGAGUCGCCGUCGCAAAAGAAGCCGCCUUUGUUUUUGCUAGCGUGAGCGUUUGUGCCUCGUUCUCCUCCGUCGCCCCUUCGCGGUGCUAUGAGGCGGCCCUGACGGGGGGCACAGCAACCCGCCGGCCCUCCCCUCGUCUCCUCUCGCCCCGGUCCCCAUUCCCUCGUCCUCGCCUCAGCUCAGCCCAACGAAGCCCGGCGCGGCGGCGGAGUCUGGGCUCCUCACCCGCCCCCCGAUGACUGCGGCAAACUGCGGCGGCGCCAACGACGAGUUCGACUUCAGGCUCAUCUUCGGGGAGGACGCGCAGCAGCCGGGGCCGGGGCCGCCGCCACUUGGGCCUGCCGCCGCCGUCUCAGGAGCAGCAGCAGAUCUUGAACCUGAUGACUGUGCUUCUGUGUGCAUCUUCAAUGUAGACCACUCAUCUGUAAAUCAUCCUAUUUGUAUCCCUUGUCAUGGAUUUCAGUCACAUCCUUCCCCUUUGUCUUCACCUACUAGACAGCAGGGUCUUAAAAGCUAUGAAGGAACAUGUGAAAUACCAGAAUCCAAAUACAGUCCAUUAGGUGGUCCUAAACCAUUUGAGUGUCCUAGUAUUCAAAUUACAUCUAUCUCUCCUAAUUGUCAUCAAGGAAUAGAAGCCAGUGAAAAUGAAUUGCACACAAAUGGCCCUCAAAAUGAAUAUAUGGAAAGGCCUUCAAGGGACCAUUUGUAUCUUCCUCUAGAGCCAUCUUACAGAGAAUCGUCCCUUAGCCCAAGUCCUGCCAGCAGCAUUUCCUCCCGAAGUUGGUUUUCUGAUGCCUCCUCUUGUGAGUCAAUCUCUCAUAUUUAUGAUGAUGUGGAUUCAGAACUGAAUGAAGCUGCUGCUCGAUUUACACUUGGAUCACCUUUGGCAUCUCCUGGAGGUUCGCCAAGGGGCUGUCCAGUGGAUGAACCUUGGCAACAAUCUUAUGGAUAUGGACAUGCCUUGUCACCUAGACAAUCUCCUUGUCAUUCUCCUAGGACUAGUAUCACAGAUGAAAAUUGGCUUAGUCCUAGGCCAACCUCAAGACCAUCAUCAAGGCCUACAUCGCCAUGUGGGAAACGGCGACAUUCUAGUGCUGAGAUCUGUUACGUUGGUUCACUUUCUCCUCACCAUUCUCCAACCCCAUCUCCAGGACACUCCCCAAGGGGAAGUGUAACAGAAGACACAUGGCUAAAUUCUUCUCUCCAUGGUCUGACUCCUGGUCUUUCACCUUUUCAGUGUUGUGCAGAGACUGACAUCCCUCUUAAAACAAGAAGGACCUCUGAGGAUCAAACUGCCAUUAUAUCAGGAAAAAUAGAGCUUUGUUCUGAAGAACAGGGUAGUUUAUCAGCAUCACUUGAAGCAGCAAUAGAUGAUAGCUCUGGAUCCCAGCAUAUGUUAAAAAAAGACUUGUCUGGUGAUCAAUUCCUUUCUGUUCCUUCACACUUUACCUGGAACAAACCAAAGCCUGGCCAUACUCCUAUCUUUCGCACAUCUUCGUUGCCUCCCCUAGACUGGCCUUUGCCUACUCAAUAUGGACAGUGCGAACUGAAAAUAGAAGUUCACCCAAAAACUCAUCAUAGAGCACAUUAUGAGACUGAAGGCAGCAGAGGAGCUGUAAAAGCAUCUACUGGUGGGCAUCCUGUAGUGAAGCUCCUGGGUUAUAGUGAAAAACCAGUAAACCUACAGAUGUUCAUUGGGACAGCAGAUGAUCGUUACUUACGGCCACAUGCCUUUUACCAGGUGCACAGGAUCACAGGCAAAACAGUUGCUACUGCUAGUCAAGAGAUAAUUAUUGCUAGCACAAAGGUCUUGGAAAUUCCACUUCUUCCUGAAAACAGUAUGUCAGCCAGUAUUGAUUGUGCAGGUAUUUUGAAACUCCGCAAUUCAGACAUAGAACUCCGUAAGGGGGAGACAGAUAUUGGAAGGAAAAAUACAAGAGUGCGACUUGUGUUUCGAGUACACAUCCCACAGCCUAAUGGAAAAGUCUUGUCCCUUCAAGCUGCUUCAAUACCUGUUGAAUGCUCUCAGAGAUCGGCUCAAGAACUUCCUCAGAUAGAGAAAUACAACAUCAAUAGUUGCUCAGUAAAUGGAGGCCAUGAAAUGGUUGUUACUGGGUCGAACUUCCUUCCAGAAUCAAAAAUAAUAUUUCUUGAAAAGGGGCAAGAUGGACGGCCCCAGUGGGAGGUAGAAGGGAAAAUAAUUAGAGAAAGGAGUCAAGAGGCUACAAUUGUUCUUGAAGUUCCUCCAUACCACAACAAAACAAUUACAUCUGCUGCCCAGGUGCAGUUCUAUGUUUGCAAUGGCAAGAGGAAAAAAAGCCAGUCUCAGCAUUUUACUUACACUCCAGUCAUACUGAAGCAAGAGAACAGAGAUGAAAUGGAUUUGUCUUCAGUUCCAUCGUUAUCCUUGACGCGUUGUACAGGUGUUAAAGGACUUGCUUCUCUUCAAACUCAGCUGCCUUCCCCAGAUCCAGGGCUCUCACAUGAUAGUUUACUUUCUACUUCACCCAGGAGCCUUGUAUGCCCAGUCCAGCAAACAUACACAACCAUGGUGUCCUCACCAGUAUCCCAGUUAUCACACAUCCAAAGUAGAAACAUAAGUCCAGGUGAAGAGCAUCCUGUUUUGUCUCCAGCUGUAGCCCACCAAUCUUUUCAGGUUACAUUAGCGCCUUCUGUGAGGCCUUCCUACCAGCCUAUGCAACCUAAUGUAAUGUUUAACGGGCAGUCUGGUCUUCCCAUGAACUCUGCCUCCUCCAGCCAAGGAUAUAAUGCAAUUUCAUUUCAGCAAGAUGCAGCCAUACCUUCAUUGAUAAACCUUAGCUGCCAGUCUCUACCACCAAUGCCGUAUCAUUCUUCAAGUCCAGGUUCAGUGUCAACUUCAGCUGCAACAGGAGGUCAUCCUUCUGCACACCCGGCUCAUUCAAGACAAUCAUCGCCUCAUCUGCAAUCAGUGGGGUACCAUUGUCCAAAUCCUCGACAAAGUUCUGUCUCUUCUGCAAUGACUUCGUCCCUUGGACACCCUUCCACACAGUUGCAGCAGGUGACAUACCAUUCUUCAAAUCCAGGUAACACUUCAUCACCAUCCCCAAAAUCUUCUCAUUCUUUGGGCCAUUCACCACGAUCUGGGCCAUCUUCUCCACAAGUGCAUCCUAUGCCUUACCAAACUCCUAGCUCAGGACCUGCUUCAUCCUCUCCUCCUCCAACUGCUGUUAGUCACUCCGGACAACAGUCCCCACAGGCUCACAGCCCAGGUUUGGGAGAAAUUUCUGAAGCUUCAUCUUUGAUGCUUCAUAACAUAUGUGACACAUCUCCAUUUUCACCAGAGGGAUCGGCUGUUAACAUUAAACCCGAACCUGAAGAUCGAGAGUUGAAUUUUCAGACAAUGGGGCUGCAAGACAUUACCUUAGAUGAUGUGAAUGAAAUCAUCGGAAGAGACAUGUCACAGAUCUCGGUGUCCCAUGGAGCAGGGGCAGCCAGCCAUUCUCCACAUGUAUGUCCUGCAUCUCUGGAGACAGGAAUAUCGGAUGGAGUUCAGUAGCUUGGGACGUAGCGAUCCAGAAAACUUGGCACUUUCCCUCUGAAUAAUGCUUCAUUCCCCACCCUUAGAUUUACUGUGCUUCCGACUUUGUGGCCUUGAUGAUCUGGAACAGUGGAUCCUUGCAUAGCUGUUCUGGGAGUGUGGGGGAGGAAGGGUUGCACUUCUGGCUUCCUAGGAUGCUGUAAAAAUUACUUACUAAAAAUGGACAUCAAGAAGCAACCCCAAGAUACUUUAACCUUGAAAAAAAUACCAAUGAGCUCAGCUUGUUUUGUGCAUUUAAUAGAAUAUGUUUAUAUUAAGUUCUUAAUUGUAUGGAGAAAUAUAGUUUUGCUCUCAAUAUGCACAGUACUGAAUGUGGGGAUUUUUUUUUUUUAAAAAAAUACACAUUGUCAUAUGCUGCUUUUCCUUAGAGACAUUAGGACUGUAAUAUAAAUUUGUAUACCUUUUUGGGGAAUCUUUUUGAAGAGCCUUUAAGCUUAUAUUGUUCAAAAGAGAACUUUUUUUAUAAUGAAAUCUUCCAGAGGCACAAAAGUACCUGUCAUCUUAAGCCAAUGCCUUGGAAGUCUUGUGUAUAAAAAAAAUAGCAUUUUCUUUGGAUUUUUAGGAAGCAAAGCCAAAUGUAGGUCUGUGUUCUUUAUACACUGAAAAUCUUUGGUAGGCUGCAAAGAGACCAUUCCAGCAUGCAAAUAUUGGGAUAAAAAUAACAUUCCAAAAUCUAACUUUUAUAACUUUAUACCCCUUGGUAGCACAGGGCCUUCUAAAUGAAAGUUUUUUUCUUGUUCAGAACAGUUUGUAUAAAUGCUCAUUUUUAAAGAGAGAACCAAGAUUUUUGGAUGUUAAAAAGCCAUGCUCUAUAAGGAAACUUUUUGGUCAGAGUAGUUUUAAGUACGGGUUGUCCCCGCUAUCUUGAAAUCCCUCAGGUAGGGCUUUUCACUUAGUCCAUGUUUUUUCUGGUAGAUAAAUCCAGUUUUUAUCUCUUGUUAUACUUGUUUCUUAAAAUAUUUUAUUGAUAGCAUUGUGACACUUCUGUUCAUGGGAGUUCCUCCUCUACGAAAUUUGAUUAGUCCCGGUAUGUAAUAAAGUAAUAUAACAGGCUUCGAUAAAUCAGUGAAACAUAUUUCAGAUUUUGAAAAAUUCUCUAGACCCUCAUGCUUGUUGUACUUAACACUGCUAACAAAGGCGGCUUACUCUAGUAGUCAGCAAUGAUUAGGGCACUACCCAGAUGAACUUCUCUUGUGCAAACACCAUUGAAAUUAAUGGGGCUUGUGCCCUUCUGUACUCCUCUUGCACUUCCAGUAGCCCACACCAUCAAGGACUAAUGUUUACACUACAUUGUGAAAUCUCAGACCUUUGCAUAGAAGAAUCAGGAGUGGGGCUGAAACUGCCUAGUGAAACAACUGUGUUAGUAUUUCAUACAAUGGUGAGCCAUUAUGAUUUGGAACACGCAGCGGUAAACAGAAUCCAACCAUUUAGGAUCAGAAUUCUCACUAGAUAGUUUAUUUCUGUUGCUCUGUGUAUGGCUAUUGAGUUCUGGUAAAAAGUGAAAAUCAAGAUUAUUCAGCUUUGGCUAGUCAAACAGAAUGAGGGACUCCAAAUUGUAAAGAACAUUAAGAGGAUUUUUGAAAGCCACGAAGUGAAGAUAAAUCCAACUCUCAUUCUGUUGUAAAAACAUUGCAACAUAAGUCUUAACUGCAUCUGAAGUCUUGAUUCCUGUAAAUAUGGUCAGCAGUAAUAGGAGCUUUUUAUACUUAUGCCGUUGCCAACCUGCUUACCACUAACAGAGUUGAAAUACCGUGCUGUGGGAACACCACAGGAAACAUGAAUGGGAAACCCAAUGAGUUUUAAGCAGUUUCCUGUGCAGAGAACAUUGUAAUAAAUAGUAAUAGUAAGUAUUAUUAUUGUAAUCAUCAUCUUGUAAGUUGUUUGUUACCCAAAGGUUUCCAAUCAACUUACAACAUAUUUAAAAACAUAAAUAUCAUGAAAAUAGAACAAAACAACCCCCAUAACAGACACAGGAAGUUUUGGCAGCACACAGUCUUUCAGAAGCCUGGGGGGGGGGGAAUACUCUACCUGGUGCCAAAAAGAAGGUGCCAGGCAUACCUCACCGGGGAGAGUGUUCCACAGACGGAGCCACAACUGAAAAGGUCUUACCAUCCUCCAAGCCUCCCUCAGAGGGAAGACCUGGAGAAGGGCCUCAAAUGAAAAUCUGAGGGUUUGGAUAGGUUCAUAUUGGGAGAGGCGUUCCAGAAGAUGUUGGGGUCCUGAGCCUUAAAGAGCUCAGGACCCCAAUAAGCCUCUUUUUAGUUAUUCAGAGGGGAACUGAUAGAUGUUGGCCCAACCGGCAAUGUUCUGCUGACCAGAUUUGUCACUUACACUGCCAGUUGCCUACCAUUCAAUGUAAACUAUAGUAAAGUAAAAUAUAGUAGAGAUGUCUUUGCUCACUUUCAGCGGAAGCAUGAUGCCUGUCUUCAGCAAAGUUCCAAUCAAGUUUAGAAUAAAUAUUUAAACAUAAAGAGUCAAAACAAGCUUUGGGGGGUUAGAAUCUCUAUUUCAAGAGGGAAGGAAGCGGCCUUCAUAUGAGCAGCUAUCUCAAAUGCUUUAAUCGGGUGGAUAUCACAUUUGAGUAGCUCUUAAAUUCAUGCAGAGCCCCCAGUAGAUUUGCUUUUAAUUAACUCUUUGAGAGAUGUAACAUUUUCAUUUGUUCUGCGGUUACUAGAUUGCCAUGUGUAAAUACGAGAAAUCAAAGAAGCAGUUCUGUCAUUUGGAGAAGAUAGUCUCUCUGUAGUGCUGCUUUGCAAGUAAGUCUGUCUCCUGUUCACAGAACCUAAACAGUUUAUAAAUACUGUAUAGAAGCCGAAGUAAGGCUAGUUACACAUGUAGCUCUUCACUCCUUUUUAAAUUUCCUAAGCCUUUUCGUGCAUAGUUUGAUGGUUGCUGUAUUACAGUUCUCACUCCAUAAGUUACAAUGUGUCUGUAGUAACCAAUGAUUUCAGGGAGAUUUCAUGUUUUCAGAGCUUUCAGUACUCUUUGGGGUUUUAUGCUCCUUGAUGGUGUGCGGUAUAGCCUCUUCUCCCUCUAGGUCCUCCUGAGUAGUUUUGAAUUUAUAUUGUACCUAAAAUAUGGGAAUCCAAACAAUCCCAAGUUGCUAUGCACUAAGUGACCAAUCCACCAAGUGCUGCAGUGUUACGGCCUCUCCCCAUUUCAGCAGUUUGCACAGGAGUCCCUUGUAAGCUGCUGAAACACAUGGAGAUUUUGCAGCAAUAGAGAUUGAUGGAUUGUUCACAAAAUCUUCUGAUGCCUUUAAAUGCCUUGAUGCCUGUAGAUGUAGAAAUGCUUUCCUAUUGAAAACAAAAACAUAGACUGUGGGUACUAAAAAUUGUUGGUUUUGCCUUGUAAACACUUCAGUGUAAGGGUCUUAAUUUUAUUUUUUGCUUGUGUGAUGCUAUAGGUGAAAGACUGUUAAUCUUGUGUUUAUGUAGUGGAUAUAAAAGCACAUGAUCUCCAUUGGACUAUGCAACUUACAAUUUGCAGCAGCAGCCUGUGACUGGCACUUUGGCAUCUACCUUCCUAGCCUCUCUGGCCUCCAAAUCUACGAUUGCUUUCUAUGCCGAUGUCCAACUUUUUAAAUAUUAUGGAAAGCAUUAAUAAUAUAACUCAACAGAAAGAAUGGAGGCUUUUCUUAAUCAAAUGAGGGGGCAGUGUAUGGCCCAUUGGAUAUGGGCUACUAAAAGUAGUUUUGGCUUUACCAAAGUUUGACCACAAUCUGGCACUCAUUGUAAUAAACUCUUCAUCAGAGAAAUGGUACUGCCAUCCUUUGUAAACCAAAGAUUAAAGAAGAAAGACAAAAUUUUGUUCGUAUGCAAGCAAAACUUUGAAAACUCUAUUUUUGAUACACAGAAUAAAUAUCAUUCCUUGAGAGGUUUGGAGAUUGUUCAAAUUGAAGUUUUAUAUUUAACCAUGUGGGACAACAAUGAUUUAAGACUAAAGGUUACAUUCUAGAUGUUUACAGAGCCUUGUAAUUUCAUGUACAUUUUGUGUAUUAAACCUUUUGUAAGUUAUGAUUGCAGUGCUACAUGCAGAAAUACAAAGGGAAAAACUUGCAUUUUAGGCUCUUGAAUCAUAGUGUUGAAAUAAAGAAGAAAAUGCAUAAAAGUGUGUCUCUCCAAUGAAGU